GUUUUACAAGCUACCUCUAAAUUGUGCUGCUUCGCUUACUCCUUUCACCGAUAAAUACAUAACGUUCUGCAUUUGCUGCCUAACAACGCUGAGAUCUGUUUUGUGUGAUCAAUAGAAACUUUAAGUUUCUUCAUUCCAAAACGGCAAAACAUGGUGGCUCAAAGUGAAGAAAACUUUAAACAUUCCAAAGGCGGUUUUUCUGUCGAAUUUCAAAGUAUUGAAGUUCCAAAUACCAGGACUAUCAACCAAAAUGUCUUUCCUUUAGCUUUGGAAAUCAAGGCCACUGACAUCAAUGAUCGCAAACAAAUUUCUGAAAUUUUGUAUGAAAUUUCAAGUGGCGGAAAGUUCACGGAUUUACUCACCAAGCACGGAGCAGUACUGUUGAGAGGGCUUGGGGACAAUUCUAGCGAAGCAUUUUCCGAAUUUGUUACGGCCAUUGAAACAGGAAGAGGAAGAACGCCAUUUGAGCAGAUCGGUUUAGCUGGAAAGAGAUUCAAAAAGGCAGAGAAUGUUUACACUGCAAACGAAGGACCGCCCCGCACAAGAUUUUAUCAACAUAAUGAAUACGCCAGAUACUCUCAUUUCCCUUCGAACAUUCACUUUUUUGCUCAAAAGGUACCAAAACACGGAGGGGGAGGUUCACCGAUAGCAAAUUCAAAUGAGUUUUAUUCUAAGGUUUAUGAAGAGAUACCAGAAUUUAUUCACGAGUUGUCAAAGAAGAAGUUGACGAGCAUUCAGGUUUAUCCUUCCAAGACCAAAAAGUCGACCGUAACAAAAGGCAACGAGUUUUUCUGGGAAGAUUUUGAUUCAUUUGGGAAAGAAAUAGAAGAGAGUGAUAGUUUUGAAACCAAGAAGAGGAAGGCAGAAAUACAAAUUAAGCGGUUGACCGAUGAUUUCAGCUGGAACGAAGACGGGUCGGUCACUGUUAGACAACAUGUUCCUGCAUUUCGCAAACACCCUAUAACACAGUUGCCAGUGUUUUUCAACGGCCUUAAUGGAAGAUAUGGAACUUCAAGAGAUGCUGACGCGUUGAGGCCCCCAUAUCACGGCAAGAAUGGCGGUGUUUACUUGCCCUCUACAUACGAUGAUGGCGAAGUCAUUUCUUUCGAGUACUUAGAGGUGGUCAACAGAAUAUCAAGAGAGAUAGAGUUUUUGCAUAAAUGGCAAGAGGGCGAUCUACUUUUGGUAGACAAUUAUCAAGUAUCACACGGUAGAGAGCCUUGGUUUGAGGGGGACGAGCGUGUGGUCCUAGUAAGCAUGUGGGAUGAUUUAGAAGGAUCAAAACCAAGUGCUUAUGAACCCUAAUCUUAAUUUACUUCACUAUUUUGCGUUAAAAGUUAACUUUUGAUUGGUUUUUUUAAUUGUAAUUAAAAGUUUGUACACAAAAAUUUUAAUUAAUUUACCUUCGAAAAAAGGACCA